GUGUAUACGUUUGGUUGUAAUGAUGAAGGAGCACUAGGGAGAAACACUUCAGAGGAAGGGUCAGAGACCCUCCCAGACAAGGUGGAAUUCCCUGGACGGGCCAUCCAACUCUCCGCGGGGGACAGUCACUCAGCUCUGCUCACCGAAGAAGGAAAAGUCUUUGCCUGGGGAAACUUUAGGGACGCCAGUGGUAAAAUAGGGCUGACAUCUGAGGGAAUUCAGGAAACACCAAUAGAGAUCUUACCAGGGGAAACAGUUGUCAAGAUUGUGUCCGGGGGUGACCAUCUUCUCUGUUUGACAGAGAAGGGAGAAAUCUACUCCUGUGGGUGUGCCGAGCAAGGACAGCUAGGCAGAGUGGCCGAGUGCUUUUCUGUACGAGGAGGAAGAAAAGGUCUAGAUUAUAUAUUAAAACCUGGUGUUAUUAGAUGUCUGCAACACAAGUCCAGGAAGCGAGUGGUGUUUGAUGAUAUUUAUGCAGGACAGUACAUGUCUUAUGCCAGGGAAAAAGACACAGGAUCUGUAUACGCAUGGGGCCUCAAUAACUACUAUCAGCUAGGAACCAAUGACCUUGAUAAUAGGUUUGUCCCAGCAUAUGUUAAGGCCCUGUCAGAGGAUGUCAAGGUAACCAUGGUGGAUGCGGGUCAACACCACGCAAUUUGUCUAGACACUGCAGGGAAGGUGUACACUUUAGGGAGAGGUGAAUAUGGUCGUCUAGGACAUGGCGAUUCUAACGAGGAAAAGAGAGCUCCGAGCGUUCUGAACCUUCCGUCGUGUAAACAGGUGGCUGCAGGACAGGCAGUGUCCUACGCACUCACUCAGUCAGGUGAAAUAUAUGCUUGGGGAAUGGGAACUAGUCAGCAACUUGGUUCUGGUGAAGAUGAAGAUAUUACGACUCCUCAGCUCAUGACAGGAAAACAGUUACAGUCUAGAAAAGUGAUAGCAGUAAAUGGAGGUGGCCAGCACACAGUACUACUGGCAAGUGACACACCCUCCUGAUAAUUCAACAGUGAAUACCAUGGUAACCAACAGUGCAGCAGUGAAUGUUAGGAAUUUAUAAAGCAGCAGAAAAAAGCAGGACUUUUAUCAUCCUUGACUCUCAUCAUGUCUAAUCAUCUAAUAGUCAUGGAUUAAUUUGAUUGUUGUAUCAAACUCAUGAUACGUAAUUUUUCAGUGUAGCAAUAUUGUUUUGAAUAAAAUUACAGCCCUUACUUUUGCAGUAUGUAAGUGAAAAUGAGGUGAAUUUGAUUAAUUCAACUCAUAUCAAGUAUUAUCAUGAUUUGAAAUAUUUCUGGUGAUACUUUUUAAUACAAUCCUUCAUUUUAUAUUGAAAUGUUCAAAUCAUUUUACAUCCAUGUAUUUUUAUGUGAAUAAAGUUUUAUUGAAACCG